AUGUAUGCAAUGGCAUCUAGCAACAGCUCUUCACUAAUGCCUCAUUCGAAUAGCAGCAAAACCAUGUACAGAAAGGGCCCAAACCCUUCACAGCAAAAAGGACUGGUGCGAUCUCUUCCCGAUGUGUGCCCCAAAGAACCAACCGGUGACUCUAAUAGUUUGUGUGAUGAGCCAUCUGUGGUUGCAGAUCAGCACAAAUGGACUAUUUAUCAUUCCAAAGUGAACCUGCCAGCAGCAUUAAAUGACCCUCGACUUGCAAAACGGGAGUCUGACUUCUUCACCAAGACAUGGGGCCAAGACUUUGUGGAAACAGAAGUCUUCCCUGCUCCAUACCUCCCACCCAUUACUAAAGAAAACUUUUCAUCUUAUGUUCAGCAGACUAGCCUAAGAGAAAAGAGUCAUGAAAAACUGAAGACAAUAUGUCCUCCUAAGGAUGAUUACAAUAGGACUGCAUUUUCCCAUUCACAUGUAAAUAAAUCUAGGGCAGAUCUGGAACAAGUACCUAAGAUUUUUUUGAAGCCCGACUUUGCCUUGGAUGACUCCUUAACAUUUAAUGCAGUUUUGCCCUGGUCCCAUUUUAGCAGUGCAGGUGGAAAAGGAAGCAGAGAUGCAGCAUCCUCCAAAUUGCUUCAAGAAAAGCUGAGCCACUACUUGGACAUUGUGGAGGUGAACAUUGCACACCAGAUCUCGCUGCGCUCUGAAGCUUUUUUCCAUGCUAUGACCUCCCAGCACGAGCUGCAGGAUUACCUCAGGAAGACUUCCCAGGCUGUCAAUAUGCUGCGUGACAAGAUUUCUCAGAUUGACAGAGUCAUGUGUGAGGGAUCUCUGCAAAUCCUUAGACAAGCCCUGACCAGGAACAACUGCAUUAAACUGUAUAAUAAACUUAAAUUAAUGGCUACAGUGCACCAGACUCAGCCAACUGUACAGCUGCUGUUAUCUACUUCAGAUUAUGUUGGGGCACUGGACUUAAUAGCAACAACACAGGAAGUCUUACAGCAGGAGCUUCAAGGCAUUCACUGUUUUCGACACCUUGGGUCACAACUUUGCGAACUGGAAAAGCUUAUUGAUAAAAUGAUUAUUGCAGAAUUUACAUCAUAUGCUCAAAGCGACUUAAACAGACCUUUGGAUGAAGACUGUCAAGUCGUAGAGGAGGAGAGGCUGGUGUCAUUGGUGUUUGGGCUGUUAAAGCUACGGAAAUUGGAUUUUUAUGAGAUCUAUGCUCACGAAAUGAUGGCAUCAGCAAAGAACAUCAUAAAACAGUGUGUGGUGAGCACAGUUUCCCAGAUCGAUGAAAUAGAUUCUGAAGUUGUCACUAAACUGGCUGACCAGAUGAGGAUGAUGAAUUUUUCCCAGUGGUUUGAUCUGCUACAGAAUAUUUUUUCAACGUUUACAAUUUUCCUUCAAAGAGUCAGGGCUACAUUGAACGUUAUCCGCAGUGUUGUCCUCAUGGUAUUAGACAAGAAUCAGCGGAUCAGAGAAAUGGAGGUAAUGGCAGUUCAGAAAGUCCUGAACAGAGAAAGCAAUAUGGACACAGAUGUGGCUUACUUGACUCAUGAAGGCUUGUUUAUAAGUGAUGCGUUCAGAGAAGGUGAGCUUCACCAUACUGCUACCAACACUAACUUUCAGAGGAAUGCAUCACCCAGCAGUAGCGAGCCUUCUGGCAGCGAUUCUGUGUCUGAUCCUGAAUGCACUACUGACUCCUCUUCCAGCAAAGAUCACACAUUGCCUUCAGUUACCCCAGGGGGAGUAGAAAUAAUAAUGACUGAGGACAUGAAAUUAACAGACCUAGAACUCGGUAGAGUUGCUAACAAUAUUCAGGAGCUGCUAUACAAUGCCUCUGACAUUUGCCAUGACCGUUGCGUUAAAUUCCUGCUGGCAAGAGCCAAGGACGGUUUUUUGGAAAAGCUGAAUUCCUCAGAGUUCGUAUCCUUGUCACGGGCGGUUGAAGUAUUUGUGCAGGAUACAGAGAAGGUCUGUGGCAGAAGAAGUAUGUCAUUACGAGGGGCUCUUCAGAGUCAAGCAAACAGAUUUGUCAACCGGUUCCAUGAGGAGAGGAAGACAAAACUGAGCCUUCUGCUAGAUAACGAGCGCUGGAAGCAGGCCGAUGUCCCUGCAGAAUUUCAGGACUUGGUUGAUUCUAUAACAGAUGGCAAAAUCAUUUUACCUGAGAGAAAGCCUGGAUGUAUAGAAGAAAGGAAGCCCACUGACUUUCUUACUGUGGAUGGCCAGAAGUAUGCUGUAGUUGGGACUGUCCUCAUUUUAAUCAGAAUUAUUUUGGAGUAUUGCACCUGUGUGGAUGACAUCCCAUCUAUAACAACAGACAUGCUCACUCGUCUUUCUGAACUGUUAAAGUACUUUAACUCCCGCAGUUGUCAGCUGGUCCUGGGAGCUGGGGCACUACAGGUUGUCGGACUGAAGACUAUAACCACAAAAAACCUGGCUCUGUCUUCCCGCUGUCUCCAGCUCAUAGUACACUACAUUCCUAUAAUCAGAGCUCAUUUUGAAGCCCGCCUGCAGCCUAAACAGUACAGCUUGCUUCGACAGUUCGACCACAUCACUAAGGACUACAAUGACCACAUAGCAGAAAUAUCUGCCAAACUGGUAUCUCUAAUGGAUGGUUUAUUUGACAAACUCCUGUCAAAGUAUGAAGUAAAAGCCCCUGUUCCGUCCACGUGCUUUAGAAAUAUCUGCAAGCAAGUGGCUAAAAUGCAUGAGGCAAUUUAUGAUCUGCUGCCUGAGGAACAAACACAGGCUCUGUUCCUUCGAAUUAAUAGCAGCUGCAGGCUUCACUUGAAGAGUCAGCUGUGUCACCUAAAUGUCACCAAUGACGGAGGGCCACUGCACGGAAUGGUAGCUGCAGAUAUUGCAUUCUACACUGGAAAUGUCCAGGCUCUGAAAGGACUCAAGGACCUCGAUCUAAAUAUGGGGGACAUUUGGGAGCAAAAAAGGUGA